AAAAAAUAAACAGGUCACGAGCUGUGUGAAAUUAGAGAAAGAGCGCUUAAGAAUAUUUUAUCUAAAUUAAACCAUAAUUUGAUUACGUAUGACGAUUUGGUUCAAGAAAAGCUACUAUUUAUCAGUCUUUUAGAAUGGUUCAACUUUCCUGUAGUACCAAUGAAAGAAGAAGUUUUGAAUUUAAUGACCAACUUGUUAAAGUGUCCUUCUGUUGUGGAACAAUUGGUUGGGAUUGGGGCAGUAGAGUUCUUCACUCAGCUUCGUCCCAAUGUGGAUUGUAGUCUUCAAGCAGUGAUAGAUGGGAUUCUAGAUGGUCUGUUUGUGUUACCUUCAGACGUUAUGUUGGAUUAUCACACAAAUCUCUCUGAAGCUGGACCAGAAGCUAAUCCAGUAAUUCUCAAAGAACCUCAUGCUGGAUAUUUUCAUCAAGGGAAAAAUCAUUCACAAGAGUCAGAAAUGCCACCCAAACAGCCAACUGGUAGAAUAAAAGACUACAAGAUCAGUUUAACUGCUGAAAUUACCCCAAAUCUCUUAGCUUGCCAAGUUUCAUCUUCUUGGGGAUUUACUCAGGAAUGGCAGCGAAUAAAUAACUGA